GCCUCCGGAGUCUAGACCUGCCGCGGCGGGGCGCGCACCGGAAGAAGCGGCGGCGGCCCGGAAGUGAGCCAGGACGCUUGGGGCGCCGCGGGAGGAGAUGAAGCCGGCCGUGGACGAGAUGUUUCCUGAGGGCGCGGGGCCCUACGUGGACCUGGACGAGGCCGGAGGCAGCACCGGGCUCCUGAUGGACUUGGCAGCCAAUGAAAAGGCAGUCCAUGCAGACUUCUUUAAUGAUUUUGAAGACCUCUUUGAUGACGAUGACACCCAGUGAGUUGCUGUCCCGCGGCGCCUGUGUCCCGUAGCGGUGCAGAGCUCCCGGAAGGACAAUUCAGAUGGCUCUAAGGAACUGUGAAGUCAAUUUAAACUAGGAGAUGGUUAAUCAGGAAAGGUGGUUUUGACGAUUGGUAUGAGGCCUAUUAAUCUGUGAAUGUGACUGGCUUUUGUCCUUGCUUCAAUUAAAAAAAGGGGAUGUCACCUUUUCAGGGUAGCUAAUUCUUGCCAUUUUGAAUGGACAUUACGGUUGCUCUGAGUCUGUGCAUGCGUGUGUGGGCACGCUGAGAGAGAGACCCGUUGGCCAGCAUAGAGAAGCACGUAGGGCCCUUUUGUCAGUAUUAAGUAGUCCGGAACCUUCCAGCCUGCUAGGUGGUGUUUGUGUCAGGCCAGUGAGCUGAGGGCUCCUGCAGGCAGCCCCAGUAGCAGUCUUAGACCCUUGACUCUGGGUCACCCUUACCCUGUGGGCAGAUGCCACCUGUGUCUUCACAGAACCCUUGCGGCUUGUCAGUGUCAUGAGGCCAUGACAGAAUGUCCACCACCUCCUCUUAAUGACCUCCCUGGGCCCUCGCUGCCCCCCACACCCCCACCCCUGCCCGGAGCAGUAUGUACCUCAGGCUGCAGCCUCUGCUGACCUCCUGCCUGGGCCGAUGCCUCUGGCUAGACUUUGGCUGUUGUCAGUCAUGUUUUCGCUGAUAGUGAAAAAACAUAACGUUUUCUCACUUUUUGUGCCCGUUGCCUUGAUCAUAGAGACCUGUAUGCCAAUCUGUGCUACAUUUAGAAAGCCCACUCUGGGAGGAAGUCAGGCCACAUGCUCAGCGAUGGCCACGGUGCAGAAAUCAGGAAGGAAGCCUAGCUCUGGCUGGAUGCCAGCCAGCUGCCCGGAGAAGAAUGAGCUGUGGGUGAGGGAGACCUCAGGAGGCUUGGAGAGGACUGGAGGGAGAAAAGGCAGCAUUCGGCGUCAGGAAUGUGCUGGGAGGCCUCGGAGGGUCAGGCAAGCCGACAGCGGGCCCUGGACUCGAGGACCCUGCAUGUAGGCCACCUGUCGCUCUGCCCUUUGGCCUCUGUGCCCCUCGGCCUGUGUGCCCCAUGCACGCACUCUUCAGAAGGCCCCUCUGUUAGCAGUCCCCUGCCCGGGCCUGUUUGCCAUGGCCACACUUUGGGCUGGGGAAGAAGGUGACAGCACCCAUUCAAACCCCCUGCGUGGGGGCGGAGCCUUUCUAUGGCAGGGAAGGCACCCAGUGGGUGACCGCUCAACGGCUGUGAUGGGUUAGUUGGAGAAUAUUUUCCACCAACAUUAAGUGUUUUGGGAUCCUUGUUAAGCUGCUGGUUUCCAGGAGUGAGAAUACUGAGAAGGGCCCUUUCUAAGCUGUGGCAGCCACACGGCUAAUACGGGUUUGGUUCUUGAGUAUGGGUUUGGCGAGGUAUGGAGAAUAAAUGGUUUCAGUGUUCCAGUCAAAGCCUUGGAAGGAACCACCUGCUUCCCUGCCCUGGCUUCUGGCCGGGGAGGCCUCCAUCACAUGCUCUGCCUCCACGCUGGUCUGGCCGUGCGAGUAGAAGAUGCUUGCGGCCUGUGUCAGGGCUCAGGAACCUGAAGGAGACAGGCCUCCGAGCUCUUGGACGGACACUGAGCAGCUGGCUUGGGGCACUUCCAAAACAAGCCACAUUCUUAAAAGAAAGCGUCACCAAGUUUAGAAAUGCUGCUCCCGUGAGAAGCUGCUCUGUCCCCCGGGGCCAGAUGCAGGCACUCGGGAGCGAGGCCUCGCCUCCGACCAGUGGGACCUGCGGAGUCUCGCCGAGUUCAGGCCCGAGUGCCUGCGCAGGGCUGUCUGUGGCCUCCCUGGACAGCACCCAGAGGAGAGGCAGGGCUCCUGCACGUCUUCUCCUGCAUCUCAGCAGGGUCUGCUGGGCGGGCCUAGCCCGCUGUGACAUCUGGGUGCCCGUGUUUUGUGUGAGUAACUGUUACCUCCAGCGAGUCACAAAUAAAGUGUAAGUGUGGUUUAAA